GAGACGCGCGGAUAUCUCCAUCCACCCAUCUUCUGUAACCGCUCAUCCGAUUUAGUGGGGGGAACGGAAGUGCGCAUAUCUAUGUAUAGCGUUUACUGGUAAGACAUGAGGAGGGCAGGGGUAGGAGCACCAGCAAUAGAUUGACAGACAAAAAGGGAAGCUGUACUUGUUUCUCUAAAUUCUAUACUUUGAAUGAACGCAGGGUGUCUUAACAGAAAACAGUCGUAAGUAAUUUGAGCACAAAAUAAUAAAACAACACUGCUACCUUCCUGACUUUGGCACUGGCAGAAAGAACAACCUUACGUUACCAUCUCCCAUGAAAUUCACUAUAUGAAGGCGCAAGUAACUGAGCGAGUCCCGUCUCCGUGUGAGAGGGGAUGCGCGCGAGCGCUGCCCCAUGCAUCUGGACUUCCUCUGACUGCAUCUGGAACAGCAUCUGGAGUUAAGAGAGUUGAAGAUGAAAGCAUGGAGAACUUCAUGAUGAUGUCCCUCAAGACUGCGAAAACAUGGACCAUUAUAGUGCUUCCGCUGCUCCUCCUCAUGCUCUCCUUCUACUGCUGCCACGUCCUGUUCCCGGGCUACGGAAUCACCAGCCAAACGCCAACCUCGGACAGAAUCCUGUGUGACUUCUCGAGGAGAUGGGACAGCCUAAGCUUCAACGUGAGCAGGAACAGGCGCCUCUUCCUGAGGCUGAACAACCUCUUCUGGAAUCGGUACCCUUCCAGUUUUCCGCUUCCCUACGGCGUUAAGGAUAGUGAGAUGCUUAUCCUGAAGGUUCUGGCCAUCAUGUCCAACUACGACAUGCCAGAGAGUGUCCAGAGCCUGGACUGCAGGACCUGUGUCGUCGUCGGAAAUGGGUUCACGGUCAAGAACAGCUCUCUAGGGGGCGCUAUCAACAAGUAUGAUGUAGUGAUCAGGCUUAACAAUGGCCCUGUGAGGGGGUAUGAGGAAGACGUGGGGAACAAGACAACCAUUCGCUUCUUCUAUCCAGAAUCGGCCUCCCCGGACCCCAGUGUGGACAACGAACCUGACACAGUCAUGGUGCUGGUGCCUUUCAAGAAAGAAGACAUACUCUGGUUAAAGGGGAUCCUCUACGACGAAAAGAGGGUUCAGAAGGGCUUUUGGAAACCGCCGCCCCAGUUCUGGUUUGGCAAGGCCAGUCAGAUCCGCAUCCUGGACCCGUUCUUCCUGCGCAGCACCGCCAAACACCUGCUGGACAUCCCACUCAGUGUCGAUCCCAAGAGCAAGCAGAAUCCUGUGCACCCUACCACUGGGAUUCUGGCUGUGUUUGUGGCCCUGAAUUACUGUGACGUGGUCCACCUCGUAGGCUUCGGGUAUCCAAAGGCAGAGAAUCAGGACCUGCCCAUCCACUACUAUGGAAAAGACACCAUGAAAUCCAUGACCGACUCGUACCACAAUCUCACACACGAGGCGCAGGUUCUCAAGUGGCUGGAAGAUUCCAGGGCCGUCGUGUCCCUGCAUCCCCACCGAUGACGAGGACAGCCCUUGACGACACCGCAUCGCUUCAGUGUCGCUACGAAGGACGUUUCUGAAAGAGUUUUCUUCGCUAAAUUACGAAUGGGUGUAGGACUUUGUGUGGUUUCUCUGAAGCCGCCCCCCCCCCCCAAAAAGGGCAGACAUCCCACUCCCAGGAUAUUAUGGGAUGCCUUCCUCUGAUUAUCACUGGUGAACUGGAGCUGCCAUUGAACAAAAGCUAUUCCUGGAAAAAACAUUUCUAAAGGUACCCUACCAGAUGGCAACCAUGCUAAAGCUGGCAAAGUUGCAGUAUUACAGAGUGACCACUAGAGGCAACCUAACAUCUGAAGCGAUGCCAAAUAUGAAGGGUGUUGGACCAUGAGCCAGAGGGCAGUUCAUGUCCUGAUGUUCACCUAGUAAAUGUCUUGUUCUGACACUGGAACAUCUCAAUACAAAAUAUUUUAACUGCCAAAA